AUGCCUGAAUCUUUGGUAAAAUGGCUGAGUGAUUUCUGCUGCACUAGCAGUGCCGAAAAGUACUUUUUAAGAAGAGGCUGUUUCAAAGACCCCACUGGAGAAGAGAUCUAUUUUAAUGAGAAAGGAGAAAUGACGACAAAAUACUACAUUUAUAAUUAUGCAGUGAUAUCUGAUAGAAUAUAUCGCUUUAGAAAAGUUGGGAUUUUUGAUGUUACAUCUCCUGAAAAUGAACCGCUCUUUUUCAGCCGAGUUCCCGUUAUUUGGAAACAUGGUCAGCACAAAAUACAAAAUAAGAGAGAACCAAACUUUUGGGUUGUAAUAUUUUUAGCAACUAAAGAGGCAUUAGUGAAAUGCUUGAGUACACAGGUUCCUGUGUCUAUUUGUUCUCAAGAUUGUCCCUUAGGAUUUAGGAGAGUUUCAAAGAGAGGGAUCCAUCAGUGCUGCUUUGAAUGUGUGCAAUGCUCCGAGGGAGAAAUAUCCAAUGACACAGACAAAGCAUCAUGUCAAAAGUGCCCAGAAGAUCACUGGCCAAAUGACAAGUACCAGUGUGUGCCAAAGCCAGUUGAAUUUCUAUCCUACAAUUAUAACCCGACAGCUCUCAUUAUCUCCAUUGUUUCUAUAUUACUUUUUAUUAAAACUAUUAUUAUUUUAAUCAUAUUUAUUUUAUUCCGGGACACUCCAAUCAUCAAAGCUAAUAAUCAGCACCUGAGCUUUCUUCUUCUCGUCUCCAUAAUGAUGAGUUUCCUCUGUGUACUGCUGUUUCUGGGACGUCCUGCACAUAUAACAUGCAUGCUUCGCCAAACCUCCUUUGGGAUCAUCUUCUCAGUAGCCAUCUCUUGCAUUCUGGCCAAGACUAUAAUGGUCUACUUGGCUUUCAAUGCCACCAAACCUGGAAGCUCCUGGAGGAAAUUAAUUGGAGUCAAAUUUACCAACUGUGUGGUCUUUAUUUGUUCAUUUACCCAAGUUGUAAUCAGUAUCAUUUGGCUAUGUGUAUCUCCUCCAUUUCCAGAAUGUAACAGCUACACGUACCUAGAUAAAAUUAUUAUACAGUGUAAUGAAGGCUCAAUAUUGGCAUUUUCCAUACUCCUGGGUUACAUGGGGCUUCUCGCAGCUGUGAGUUUCAUAGCAGCUUUCCUGGCCAGAAACUUGCCAGAUAGUUUUAAUGAGGCCAAAUACAUCACUUUCAGCAUGCUGGUGUUCUGCUGUGUCUGGGUGACUUUUAUCCCGGCGUAUAUGAGUGUCACUGGGAAAAGCACAGUGCUUGUAGAGAUAUUUGCUAUAAUAUCUUCAAAUAUUGGAAUUUUGGGAUGUAUAUUUUAUCCCAAAUGUUAUAUCAUAUUGGUGAGGCCAGAAUUAAAUUCAAAAAGGAUUUUACUAGGAAAAAAUAAAUUGCAGUCUUUUGAUUAA